AUGUUACCCCCCAAAGCAAAAUUCGUCCGCGAACUCGAGCGCAACAACAGCCUCACACGCAAAUCCACAUCCAUAUCCACAACCCCAUCCUCCAAAAUCUUCACCCACAACCUAAACUACACCUUCGCGGCCCCUUCAGUCCCGGACAUGACCUACUUCGCCCGCAUCCUGCACUACCAACGCUACGGCCACGACGGUCUCGCCUGCUCCGGCGCGUGCUCGAGUCAUUUCACGCUGCCCAUGUACGAGAAGCAGGGGUACAUGUCGCCUUACCAAGUACGAUACACGGAGCGCCCCGGCUCGCGGGGCUCGCUGAAGAGUGAUACAUCCUUUGAUGUCGCGGGAUACCGGCGGGAGCUGGCGGCUGCGGGGGUGAGGAAGAGAAAGUGGAAUACGUUUUGGGCUGUUAUUCUUGCGUUGUUGAUCAUUUUCUUUGGGGCGGGUGUCUUGGCUCCCUCCACCCCGCUUUUCCAAACCAUCACGGCCAAGACUUCGACAUCGCUCUGCGAAGGGUUCUCAGUCUAA